GGACAAUCACUCUCUCUGUCAAAAUGUCAGAUGUCAGUUGAGCAAACUCGGUGACUGGUCGGUGAGGUACAAGAUCAGUUCCGUUCAGGAAUCAAGAAUUUGAUAAUGUGUCGCGUUUGUGUGUUCUGUAGUCAAAUCAGUGAAUCAACUUUAUAUUGUAGUGUGUCCGAUGAAAGACUAAUAUUAUUUUAAUUAAUCGUAUGCGGAAUAACUUUAUUUGCCUAGGUCGUAUAAGUGAGUUAGUGUGAUAUUUUUAGUACAAAGUAUAAAAUGUGUUUUAGAUAAAUCUGUUCAAGUGUCUGUUGGUUUGUCGUCGUGGGUGAUAUUUCUUAUGGAACUUUAAUCGUCAUACUAUAUCCAUUAAUGAACAUAGAUUUUAUCUAAUAGUUUCACUGUGGACAAUAAUUGAUACAGUUACACCUGAAGCAAUAUAUCUCGAUAGCUGUCGUCGAUGGAUUUUUAACAGGCAUGUCGAACGGAGCCCUGCCGCAAUGGAAGCGCGAGCUCCUGCAGCGGCGCGCAGCCGCCCGCAGUCGGCCGGCGCAGCCUCCGCCGCAGCCGCCGCCGCCCCCGCCGCCGCCGCCACACGACGAAGAAGACGAGGAACUUCGCUAUGGACCUGGCAUUGUAAAACGCCUUCAAUCGCGCUACUUAAGCUUAGCGCUGCGAGACGCCCCGCGCCGCCGCCCCUCAGUGCUGCGACGCGCUACCUCGCUCGAGCACUUGCUGGAUGAUCGACCUCCGCCUGCGCCUGCGCCGCGUAACAACUUGCGGCCACCACGUCCUGCGUCCAUGGCAGUACCACCUGCACCUUUGACAACUUCCACUCGUCGCGACUCCGUGAAACGAGCGCGUUCUGUAGACGCACUGAGUCGCUUAGACUCACGCGAGGAGCCCCGAGCACCAUCGCCGUCACCUCCGCCGCCUCUUGCGCCGCGCCCACCUGCGCAACCUCGCACCGCGCGCCCUCCUCGCCGACCAACCCCAUUGUUACGGGAGACGGAACGACCUCCCCCUGACGUGGUCCGCUCGACCCUACGGAAAUUCGAAAGCGCGCCGACACGUCGAGCUUUGCCCGCUGUCCGCAUAUCUGCGGUGCUGCGAGGACUGGAAGGGCCACGGACUUCUACUCCCGAACCUCGCGAAUCAUCUGAUGCACCGCUCAGCCCCAGAACGCCUAGUCCACUGCCGAGGACAGAAGCCAUGUCCCCUGUGCCUGUUGCUGUCGCCAAUAAUGAAGACACAGAGAAUGCGCCCUCGGGCUCCCGACCUGUAUCUCGCGCUGCUCUCGAUGGCAUAGCCCGCGCAGGCUCUACUGUCCGUUAUGCGUUCGAAGCGCCUCGAGCGGCCUCCCAUUUGCCUCCGCUAGCUGCUACAAAUCAAGUUCUUGUUGGUCGUGCACGUCGUGUAGGGGUCAUCCGUCCAAUGCCAGCGCGUGCUACCGAUUCCGCUACUGAUGAGUCCGUCGAAGAUGUUGACGAAAAGAGCACCGAGCGUACUACCAGACUGGUGUCACCCUCCCCACCGCCACCUGCCGAGAACGAACAGACUCCGCCAGGCCGCACUGAAAGGCGAGAACCUCCUCCAGCGGCGCUAGUUGAACCAAUUCCACGGCCACCACCGGAGCCCUUCCGCUCGCCCACUCCACCCACGACCUCUUUCGUUGAACGCAGUCCAAGCCCAGAAACGAAACCGAAGCUGCCUGAAAUUAUCACUCCACAACUAAUGAAUGGGCACUUGGAGCCCGAAAGCGUGCCAGAAAGUAGGGUGACCACGUCCCGUAUUGGUGCAGCUGGCAUCGAGCGCGCCUGGAGCGGGUCAGCGGAGAAGAAGAGCCCGGAGAAGGUGCCGGCGGGUGCGGGCGCCGCGUGGACGCGCGGCAGCCCGGCGCAGGCGCGGCGCGGCCGCGGCCCGCCGCCUGCCUCCAACUCCGUCGUGUUCAACUUCUCCAACCGCAAAGAAGUGCCCGACUACAUCGAGAACGAUGGUAUCAUCCUGCGUGCCAACAGGCGGAACCGGAUCAAGCCGGGCGAGCCGGGCGUCGUGGUGCUGCGGCCCGACGCGCUGCUGCGGUCCGACUCCGAGUCGGACACGGAGCCGGACGGCACGGACGGGAGCCCGCCCUCCCCCUGCAGCGUGCGUUUCGUCAACGACAACGUACUCAUCAACGGCCGCUCCUCUAUGCCCACCAGACCCAACAGAGACCGCAUCGCCAAGUUAAAACUGCAGUUUGACGACUCGCUGACGCGCACGUUCGAGUACCCUUCAGAGACGUCACUGAGCGAGGAGGGCGCGGCGGACGCGGCGCCGGGCCCGCCGCAGCUGGCCGAGCCCGCGCUGCACGCGCCGCUCGCCGCCAACACACAUAUCAGUAAUUGUCUCUUGCCAUACUACGCCGUCUGCCGCGCACUCGGCCCCGUCCUAUUUUUGGAAAACUACCAUAACAGACUUGUUAACCAAAAUAUUAUGUGUGCCACAGACGUCUGAAAGCAAUGCUCACGAUUUCACUAGGUACUGGGUAUAUGCCAUUUAUAUAUGUUAUUUGUUUUCCCCAUUAGUCCCCACAGCGACAACUGAGCUGGGAGAAGUGAUAAUAGUGCAUAGAGCGAGGCGGCGCCGCGAGACAUUCGUGUGACUGCUGGCUGUGCACUUAUGCUAGACGGAUUGUUGUGAUCGUAAAACACUAGGCGUACUAUUCAAUACAUGCACACUGCUUCCUGCCCUCGUCCCAACUAGACAAUACAACUGAGCACUGUCUGCAAAUUCCCAAUACUGUUGAUUCGACAACAGAAAGGCUGUUGUUGUAAAUAUUUUUUAAAGCUAGGUCGAAUAAAUCUUCUAACCACAAUUAUUAUAAUUAAGAUUGUAACAUCAUUGUAACAAGGCAUUUUGCUCGUCUAUGUCGUGAUUGAAAAAAGACACAGACACAUCCCAGUUAAAAGAUAAACACACGGAUUGACAGCAGUAAUUAUGGAAGAAAAUAAAGUAGUAGUAGUAGAAGUAGUUGAUUUUUGAGGUUUGGAGGUACAGAGGUUUAAAAAAGUCAAUAUUAUAAUUCAGAGUAAUGAUAGAAUCCUUCACUCUGUUGCUGAUUAAAAAGCAAUAAACCUCUUCGUCCCAACCUAAAACUUCUUCCGAGAGUUUAUGCUGUUGUAGUACAAGGUUUCGGCGUUUUGUAAAGCUAAAAGCACCGGACUGCAUUUGUGUUACGGUUAGUUUUGUAUGUACCUAGUUCCUCCGUGAUCGUGAUGUCACCGAGGUCACCCGUGAUACAUCCGUCUAUUCUUUGGUCAUCUACUUCUCUUAUGACAUUUGCUCAUUGUUUCCUACAAACAACGCAAUGAAUCCUUCAGUUUUAGAUAGCAUACCCAAGAGUUACGUUCCAGCGGCUUUGUUACCGGCACCAGUGUCAGACAUUCUGUAACUUUAUUUGCUUCUGUCUUCUCGUACUCUCGUCAGUCCAUCACCAAGUACUUAUCGCUAUCUUGUUAUUCACAUAUUGACCACGUUAUUAGUCUAUCGACCGUGUCCAGUGUUCACGCGAAGGGCACUAAUACCUCUUCACCAUGACUUACCUGUCUAUAUAAAAAUAUGAAAUGCACUGAUUUAAGUAUCGACAACACCGUAGCACGUUGAUAUUUGUGUAAAGAAUGCGUGAGCUUUCUGCCAGUGUGCUGCUGCUGGCUAGUGCCGUAGCGGCGUAGUUCCGUAGCGGCGUAGCACUGUAGCAGCGUAGCACCGCAGUAGCGUAGUGUGUGUGUCCUCAGCCUCGGCGGCGCUGUCCCGCUACCGGCCGCACAAGACGCGCGGCGCCGCCUUCACGCUCGGCGUCACCCCGCCCGACGCAGCGAGCUCUGCAGGUGCGCCAGAAGCGGCGGAAACACGGGAAGAAACGCGGAAUGAGGCGGAGGGCGAGGGCGACGCGCGACCCUGCGGGGCCGACGCCGCGCGCUCUUGGAGCGAGGCGCGUACUCACGCCACCGACCUACUGUUCUAGUCACUGCCACCCACUUCGCCAGGUGGGAGCCCGCCGCGCCGCCUGCUGCGGGUGCCGCAGAGGCCGGUACUUGUCAUUCCUGUUCAAAUCUGCUCAACUACUGUAAUCCGCGCAUAGGUUAAGGUACAUCGAGUCAUAUCUGUAGUUAGCGAUACAGCGCGGAACCAAAACAAAACGCUUACUGACCAAGCGCGACUGAUUAGCUGAUAAUGAAACGACGCCAAUGUAGCGUCCUCAACCAUUUUGGAGCAUUUUAAUAUAAACAUGGUAUACAUUAUGUUGUUCUUUGUCUAUGGCCAGCAUAGACAAAUGGACCAAUCUGGCUCGCACACGAGCCGCGUGUGAUCACGUUAUACUCAUUCCUGAUGACAUUCCUAUGUUUUGUAAAAAUAUUGUACUGACAUUUUUAAACGUUUACAAUUAUACAAGUGUAAUUCGAUAGUAGACGACGUCAAUGGGUUGUAAAGUAGCGGGAGGAUUCAACGAUGGACAUGAAAGUUUUUGUAAUUUGUAUAUAAUAGGAGUGUUGUUGUAACGGGCGCUGCGCUGGUUGCCUCGCCCGCGCCCGACUUACCACUGCUAAGCCCUCGAUUUGAUUUACUCAUAUGUUAGCGCGACAGAGAAUUGAGGAUUAGAUCUUAGAGAGCAAAACGUGUCAAUAUGCUGACGUAACUUCGUGAUGUAAGAAACCGAGCCGAAACUGGAUGCUGCAACUCCUCGGCAGGUGUGAUAUUGUCUUAAACUUACCAAUUAUUUGCUUGUGUGUGACGCGGAACAAUAUAAACCUGUACGUUGUGUGGGGACCCUAGGCUGCCCAGUACUGCGCAGUCUGUUAUUCUGUGUUGUAUGCACAAACCAAAUUCUUCCCCUUCAUUCAAUUUUAUUUUUCAUCUCUUAUUAUUUUAAAGACUAUAGAUAUGUAUUCGCUCUAAGUAAAUAUGUUAUAGUUAAACGUAGUCUACUUUUCUUUCUUGCUUUUAUCAAUUUAGAAUAGUGAUUGACAUGGAGGAGAAUGAAUGAGCGUAGGACGGAGCGUGGCUCCAGUGUGCGUCGCCUCGCACGUGACUCGAGGUAUGUAGGUAUAUAAUGUAUACAGACGAGGGAGUCCCUGUCACUUGCCAAUGCCUAGUUAUACCGUACUUUAUGCAUACUAUGACAGUUAGCUGGUACAUUAUUAUCAAUAAGUUGUAACCGAUAACGUAGUAAUGCAAUGUUGCAAGUUUAUUUAAGUUAAGUGGGGUGCGAGUCGGCGCAGUAUUACGCCAGCAACUAAUUAGGGAACGUGUACAAAAGAAAUAUUGUAAUAUCGAAGUGUCCGAGUCGCCCUCCGCCGCCACAUUGUGAUGAGCUCGUGACGCGUACAAAGGUCGCGGCCGGUGUCACCACGCUGCUGCUGCCUUAUUUGUAUUUUAUAUAUCCGUAAUGUAUUAUUGAUCCUAAAUUGCAAUAAAAUAUUUAGAA